CGAGCAUACAAUACAGUCAGCUUCAAGAAAGCAAUAGAUCACUUUUCAUAACUUUAUCAAAUGGCAACGUGGGCAUAUCUUGCAAACUUCUGGGCUGCGUGGAGGUCGUUUUCGAGGGACUUGAUGGUGCAGUGCAGGACGGCGUUGACGUCUGUGAGUCGCAGCACUUCGUCUCGAUACAUGUGCAUCUUCUUCUCUGUCAUGAGUCGGCAUUUCCUCUCCCUCUCCACGUCGUUCUCGAGCGCUCUCAGUCGCACUUCCAGCGACUCGUGGUCCGGUGAUGCUGGAUUGGGCGUGCGAAAGCGCAGCACAACGCGGCCCGAUGCCAAGUUGCGCAAAGCUUCCACCACUUCUUCAAACUUGAACGACGUAAUGUCUUCCUCGUUGAUGGACAGGAGGAUGUCCCCGGGUUUGAUUACGCCGCAUGCUUCCCCGGGCGCUUCUCGACCCGACGGCAGCUUGUAGAAUGGCACGUGUUGAUCGACAAUGGCCGAAUCCCCGCCUUUGGCAAAGUAUAUCCCAAGGCCAUACAAGUCCUUCUCCAGCGAAACCUCGUACGCGUUCCCUUCCGUUGUGACUCUGGCCGCGCACUUUUCACAUGGACCACCUCCGCUUUGGACAGAAUUCGUCGACGAUUCCAACAGAUCCAUGUCCAGACUGAUGUUGCUAGUGCUGUCGGUCGGACUGGACGCAUCGAGAACCGCCCCAUGUGAGCGAGGAGUAGCAUUCACGUGACUCAUCAGUGGCAUGACCUUCGCCUUGCUGUGUCGGCGGUGGUAGGUAUGUGGGAUAUUUUUC